UCGCAGCGCCGUCAUCCUUGCCCAAAAGACGCCAUUACCACAAAAGAGGAUUACGAUGGGAAAUUUGCUAUGGCGGAAAUUCUGAUGAUCGAUUAGGUCAGAUAAAUUACGUGGUUCUUGGUUGUUGCGUCCUAGGUUUCGAUUGACGGGCAUAUGCGUAUUCGGAUUUACCCAAGAAUAUACGCAUAGCUGGGUUUUCAAUCAAGGAAGAUUCAUUCGAUCAAUUCCUUGCGGAAUUGAAUAAACUCCACCGGAUUGAUCUAUCUGAUCUUGCGCUUGCCUUUGUCUACUUCUGUUCAAAUUUGGGUAGAAAAAAAAAAAUUGGUUGAAUCUGCAUGAGAGAAGCGGACUUAGAGGGAUUGGAGACAGAGUAGACAGAGAAAUUUCUUCUUGAUCGAAGAAACAUGUCUGCCGUUGUGUGCGGAAAGAGAUCGAAUAUCUUUGAGGAAUCGCCGUCGUCGCCGCCUGUGUCUAAGAGAAUCCGUUGUUCGUCUUCGUCUUCCCCUGGCCGGACUUUUUCUCCGCCGAGGGCUGCCGCCGCCGCGUCUAAUUACUCUGUCCCCAAUUCGGCGAUAGAUCAUCUUAUUGCGCUCUUUCCUGACAUGGACAGACAGUUUCUGGAGAAAGCCCUUGAAGAAACAGGGGAUGAUUUGGAUUCCGCAAUCAAAAGAUUGAGUGACCUUUGUUUAAGUGCUGCAGGAAGCACAUCAGAUCUUACCCAUAAAAUUGACCCUCAAUUCACGGCUAAAGUGAGCAACGGAGGAACUGCUUCAGCAGAAGAGCCACCGAAACAGAGCAAUGUGCCUGCUAAUGGCGCAGAGUGGGUGGACCUCUUGGUUGGGGAAGUUCUAAGUUCUUCAAAUGUCGAGGAUGCUAAGGCACGCUUGUCGCGAGCACUUGAGGUACUGGAGAAGUCCAUUCGUGAAAAUGCAACCGCUGAGGCAGCUAAUGGCUUUCGGAAGGAGCACUCAAUGCUGAAGCAACAACUCGAAGCCCUCCUACAGGAAAACGCUAUUUUGAAGCGGGCUGUGUCCAUUCAACAUGAGCGACAGAAGGAAUUCGAUGAAAUGGGCCAGGAGUUGCAUCAGCUGAAACAGCUUGUCUCCCAAUACCAGGAGCAACUGCGAACACUAGAGGUUAACAACUAUGCUCUUGCGAUGCAUCUGAAGCAGGCGCAGCAGAGCAACUCUCUGCCCGGGCGCUUUCACCCUGAUGUGUUUUAGUUUAUUAUAACCAACCGGUCCCGUGGUGUCGUUGUAUGUGGUAAGACAGUCAGACAGACAGGCAUAUGGUGCAUAAGAAGCUAUAAAAUAAUAAGAAUGAGCACCUUAGAUUUCCCAUACUUAGGCUGCGACGGCCAUAUGAUAUCUGCUUUUAGUUGGUUUAAUGUUGGAGUUUGCAAUGUCACUCAUUUACUGUCCGUUGUUACUUUCUCUUGAUUGGAUUUCUCUUCUAUCGUAUUUGGGCAGAUUUUUAUUAUUAUUUUUAUUAUUAAUUUAUUUUUAUAAAAUGUUGUAGUCAAUUCUUAUUUACAUGCAAAAGACAAAAUAUAGUCUGUUAGUUAAUGGCUAUAAGUGCUGCUGUACGUACAUUGUAAUAUCUUGCGUUUGAUAUUUUAUGUUUACAGCUUCUGCCCCA